GGACAAACCCUUUGUAAUAUAAUACUGUAUAUGAAAUUUUGUACUCCAUGUUUUCUUGAAAAGUUAAAACCCCCAAAACCCUACGCUAUCUAGUUCAUUCCUUCCCAUUGUCAAUUCAAUUCACUCUCUCCGGCGAAUCAGGGCCGUCUAACGCCCGGCCAAGUACAAUUGUGUUUAUAUAAAUGGCUUGUAUCUCAUACAACGUCGGAGCUCCGACAAAUCAUCUGGUUCACCAUUACCGCCGGUCAACUCAAUCUUUUGCAGCAGCUCAGUUGAGUUUUGGCAAAUAUUCGUCAUUAUUUCAAAUGGGUUCCUUAAAGUUUCAAUCUUUAAUCGGCAAUCCCCGAGAUUGUCGCCCUUUCGAAAGCUCUCGAUUUUUUAAUACCGUGUUCAAUUGUUUGGCUUCAGAUAAUGGUGUUUCUGAGAGAAUUACUGUUUUGGUCAUUGGUGGAGGUGGGAGGGAGCAUGCACUUUGUCAUGCCUUAAAGCGGUCUCCGUCUUGUGACGCUGUGUUUUGUGCCCCUGGAAAUGCCGGUAUCUCCAACUCUGGAGACGCCACUUGUAUUUCAGACCUUAACAUUACUGAUAGUGCGGCUGUGUUAUCCUUUUGCCGCAAUUGGGGAGUGGGCUUGGUGGUGGUGGGUCCAGAGGCUCCACUUGUUGCAGGUCUUGCAAAUGAUCUUGUAAAGGCUGGAAUCCCUACAUUUGGCCCAUCAUCAGAGGCUGCUGCUUUGGAAGGUUCCAAGAAAUUCAUGAAGAAUUUGUGUGACAAAUACGGGAUACCUACAGCAAAGUAUCAAACAUUCACAGAUGCAACUGCUGCAAAAUUGUAUAUUGCAGAGCAAGGGGCACCAAUUGUAGUUAAAGCUGAUGGAUUAGCUGCCGGUAAAGGGGUGAUUGUUGCGAUGACACUUGAGGAGGCAUAUGAAGCAGUUGACUUGAUGCUCGUGAAGAGUGAAUUUGGUUCUGCUGGUUAUCGUAUAGUUGUUGAGGAAUUUCUAGAAGGAGAAGAGGCAUCAUUCUUUGCCCUCGUGGAUGGAGUGAAUGCUAUACCGCUGGAGUCUGCUCAGGACCAUAAACGAGUUGGGGAUGGUGAUACAGGUCCUAAUACUGGUGGGAUGGGUGCUUACUCUCCGGCACCUGUCUUGACAAAAGAACUCCAGUCUUUGGUCAUGAAAUCUAUUAUUCUUCCUACUGUAAAAGGAAUGUCAGAAGAGGGAUGCAAAUUUGUUGGAGUUUUGUAUGCAGGUCUUAUGAUUGAGAAGAAAUCGGGAUUGCCAAAAUUGAUCGAGUACAAUGUGCGAUUUGGAGAUCCAGAAUGCCAGGUGUUGAUGGUUCGAUUGGAGUCUGAUUUGGCACAAGUUCUGCUUGCAGCUAGUAAGGGAGAGCUAGAAGGAGUAUCUUUGGACUGGUCUCCUGGGUCUGCGAUGGUGGUUGUUAUGGCCAGUAACGGCUAUCCUGGGAGCUACGAAAAAGGAACUGUGAUUCAGAAACUUGAAGAGGCAGAACAUGUUGCUCCUUCUGUGAAGGUAUUCCAUGCUGGAACAGCUGUUGACGCAGAUGGCAAUUUCAUAGCAACUGGGGGUCGUGUUCUCGGCGUCACUGCCAAGGGUAAAGAUCUUGAGGAAGCAAGAGACAGAGCUUACCAGGCUGUUGAUGAAAUUAACUGGCCAGGAGGGUUUUACAGACGAGACAUCGGGUGGAGAGCACUCGCGGUCAAACAAUUAUCUUAGGGGUGAAGUCAAAUUGUUAAAUCGGAAUUUUCUUAUCUCCCCUCCCAUCUUCAGAGAAGAAUCAAUCAGAGAUUAAGAAAAGAAGUUUCUUUGAAUUCAUACUCACCUGGCACUCUGCAAGAACUCCAAAAUCAUUCUCUUGAAGCUCAUCCAACUUUUGUACUCUAGACAUGAAACCAUACUCAGGAUAAUGUUUGGGAUAUAUUUGUCACAAAAUUUCUGGUAUAAGGAGGCUAAGAUGAUACUGUUGUGCAAUAUAUAUGAAUUGAACAGUUGUCCAGUUUUGAAUUUUAGAUCUUAUUAAUUAGUUUUCAGGAAUCUCAGUAAUGCAAUCUUGUAUCAAUAGCGUGCUGGAGUUAAGGGCCUUUUUUUGGUCGGGUUAUGAAAUUUUAGGGACAGGAUUGUUAUCAUUGCUGGAA